UGGAGCUACAGUAAGCGGCUAACGGCAACAGAAGACACGAUACCCUGUACCAUGCAGUAUACCAGAGAGGACAGACCGGGAGUACUGGUUUUUCAGCCCUCUCCUCUGUAACGGAGUAAUUUUUUUCUUUUUUGCCUUUUGUAAUACUGGGACUAUACAAAUUUCGCAUUAAUUUGACAUACCUUCACACUCACGCCCGUGCGUGCGCACAUAAACAGACACACAAGCAAGCACGUAGCAAACACAGAUUAUCACAUUUUUCACAUUUGCUAACCGCACAAGGACACCAAUUCUUCACAGGGUCGGGAAUCAUGGAUCUAUCGCGCUAUCCACCUCGAAUGUGCUGGUGGAGAUUAUUGUUUCUCUUAAGCAUCUUCCAGGACUAUGUGAGUUCCAUGCUGGACUGUCUAUCAACCUGCAGCUGUUCCCAGACGGAGAUCUACUGCAAUAAGUCCGACAAUGGGAAAUUUUUCCCUUUGCUCGCUGUGCAAGACACUGGGAACAAUGGCAAUAAUACUAACAGCAUCCCAGAUCUGGUCAAGAACAUCACGUCCAUACACAUAGAGAACUGGACGGGCCUGCACGUUCUGACGGAAAUGCACAUGGAUCUGUAUACUGGACUCGAGCGGCUGACUAUCAUGAACUGCAACCUGCACGAGAUCCACAACAAUGCAUUUAACAAGAACCCAGCCCUGCGCUACAUAAAUUUGUCCAAAAACCCUCUGACGAAACUGUCAUGGCGACCUUUCCAGAAACUGCAGCUCUGGGAACUGAGGCUGGAUGACGUGUUGUUUAACUGCAGCUGUGAUGUCCGCUGGAUUCAACUGUGGCAGCAGAGAGGAGAAGCUGGACUCCACAGUCAGCAGCUCUACUGUUAUAAUGGGGUUGCAAGGAUCCCAUUGCAGGAAAUGAACAACUCUUUCUGUGACUUGCCUGAAAUCAGUGUGACACACAGUAACCUCACAGUAAUUGAAGGUGAUAAUGUCACACUCACCUGCAAUGGUUCGGGGAUGCCCUACCCUGAUGUGGACUGGAUGGUCAAUGACCUUCACUCCAUCAACACCCACCAGUACAAUGGCCCUUCUGUCCACUCCGUAAACCUGACCCUCGUCAAUGUGAGCCGUGAUGACAACGGUUUCCUGCUGACCUGCAUUGCUGAGAAUGUGGUGGGGAUGAGCAACGCCUCCAUUCAACUGGCUGUGCAGUUCUCUCCAAGUAUCAUACGCCUGGAUGAGCCAGAACGUCGCCAUGACACCUGCAUGAUGUUCAUCGUGCGGGGCUACCCCCACCCCACGCUGCGCUGGUUCCACAAAGACCAGGAGAUCCUGCAUAGUGAAUACAUCCGCACCGAGAUGGAGACCUACCACGAUAACCUGGAGGGAUGUCUGAUAUUCAAGGACCCUACUCACCACCAAAAUGGCAACUACACCCUGGAGGCUAGCAACUUCCUUGGCAUGGCCACCAAGACAGUGUAUGGACACUUCCUCCAGGCCCCUCCAUUUACCGAUGAAGGUAAGUGGCCAGCAAUGGUGAACCCCACGCCCCCAAUCAAUGUCACACACGGGCCGGAUGAGGACAAAUUUGGGGUGUCCAUCGCCGUUGGACUAGCGGGGUUUGCCUGUGUGCUCCUCGUCGUCUUGUUCGUCCUCAUCAACAAAUAUGGCCGACGGUCCAAGUUUGGGAUGAAAGGACCUGUAGCAGUGAUAAGCGGGGAGGAGGACUCAGCAAGUCCCCUGCACCAUGUGAAUCACGGGAUCAUCACCCCUUGCACCCUGGACGCCGGCCCCGAUGCCGUGGUCAUCGGAAUGACCCGCAUCCCCGUCAUCGAGAACCCCCAGUACUUCAGGCAUGGACACAACUGCAACAAGCCCGCCACCUAUGUGCAACAUAUAAAGCGGCGAGACAUCGUUCUGAAGAGGGAGCUGGGAGAGGGGGCCUUUGGGAAGGUGUUCCUGGCAGAGUGCUAUAACCUCAGCCCCACCAAGGACAAGAUGCUGGUAGCUGUCAAGACCCUGAAAGAUCCAACUCUGGCAGCCAGAAAGGACUUCCAGAGAGAGGCAGAGCUGCUGACCAACCUGCAGCAUGAGCACAUUGUGAAGUUCUAUGGGGUUUGUGUUGAUGGAGACCCACUCAUCAUGGUGUUUGAGUACAUGAAGCAUGGAGACCUCAACAAAUUCCUCAGAGCUCAUGGCCCUGACGCCUUGAUCCUGGUGGAUGGCCAGCCACUGCAGACCAGUGGGGAGCUGGGUCUGUCCCAGAUGCUGCAGAUCGCCACACAGAUUGCCUCUGGGAUGAUGUACCUGGCAUCCCAGCACUUUGUUCAUCGUGACUUGGCUACACGCAACUGCCUAGUGGGCAACGGCCUGCUGGUGAAGAUUGGAGACUUUGGAAUGUCUAGAGAUAUCUACAGCACUGACUACUAUCGGGUGGGAGGACACACGAUGUUGCCCAUUCGCUGGAUGCCCCCGGAGAGCAUCAUGUACAGGAAGUUCACCACAGAGAGUGAUGUGUGGAGCUUUGGAGUCAUUCUAUGGGAGAUCUUCACCUAUGGGAAGCAGCCAUGGUUCCAGCUGGCCAAUAAUGAGGUCAUCGAGUGCAUCACACAGGGCCGUGUCCUGGAGAGGCCUCGAGUCUGCCCUAAGGAGGUAUAUGACGUCAUGCUGGGAUGUUGGCAGAGGGAACCGCAACAGCGUCUGAGCAUCAAGGAAAUCCAGAAGAUUCUGUACGCCUUGGGGAAGGCUACACCCGUCUACCUGGACAUCCUGGGCUAGCGACGGUUGGCCCGUCUGUGUCUGUCUCUGUCUGUGCCAGACAGACAAACACAAUCCAGGAAAAACCAAACAACAUGUACCUUACUGCUCCACUGUCAAACACCAACGAGAUGGGGAUAGACUCAAGUGCCUGCUACACCUUUCGAUACACAGGAUAACAGUCUUUAAAAAACACUUUUACAUUUUGUUUACCUGCAUACAAAAUGUACAGAGUUCUACUGUAAGAAGAGGAAUUUCCCUUUUUUUCUUAAAAAAACGACCUCCUUAAAAAAAAGUAAAAAAAAAAAAAGUAAAAAAAAAAAAAAAAAACUAUAAACAAAGCCUGGAAGAGAAGCAACACGUUUGCAUCCCAACAGCCUGAUUGAAGAUUAACCUCCCCCGUGUUUUUUUAUUUGAUAAAUAUAUAUAUAAAUAUAUUAUAAUAUAUAUUUUUAUUUAUUUAGUUUUUUCUUUCUCAACAUGUGGAUGUCUGCCAUAUUUGUUGCUAAGGGUAUAUCACCUUUUAGAGUCAGACUAUUGGCCAGGACUUACUGAAGAAAGCCUUACUGCACUCUGAUUGGCUGGAUCGUAUCCAAUGGGGUUUUCUGUUUCUAAGGGAAAAGAAAAACACAAGCAUAUGGGUGAAAUGAAGAAACCUUGGGAAAGAAGGACCCACCAAUCACUACAAACAACCUAAUUUAAUAACUGGAUGUACAUAAUGUAAAUUUCUAUAAGUGUCACAAAUUAUGUUAACUUAUUUCUUUUCCUAUUUAGAUUAUUUUAUCUCCUUGGUGUGCUGUUAUGGUGAGUUAAUUCUAUAAAUAUUUUAAGAAUCUCUUCAAUAUUUUCUUUUGGACAUGGUCAUAGAAUGUAUGUUUUGUACUACACUGAGGAUGCCUAAUUUUAUUCUUGUCACAAAGUUGUAUUUAAGCUUUGUAACGGAACUGAGACAGGAUAAAGUCCUAUGGAAAGUCAGUAUGACACCACAUUGCUGAGGUGACAUGAUGCUAUUUUUCCCCAGCCACUUUGGCAGGAGAUAUGGCAUAAUACCAUAUUACAUUUUUCCUUAAAGAGUAUUGUAUUAAACUAUACAUCCUUCCCCAACCUUGAAUCAUUAUAAAACCCCCUUUAUAUUCAUCUUGAAAUAUUAAAAGCAGAAUUGGCAUUUGUAUGGGUAGAAUUAGCAAUGGAACAGUACCAGAGAAUCAGAAUAUUUUAUUUAGAAGGACAAAUUGAUUGACAUGAUAUCGAACUUAGAGACAUUCCAUGUUUUUCCAUACAUUCCAUUGCUGCCUUUGAUUCAUUGAUAUAGAAUGCGUUUUCCACAGACAUCAUUCCACAAGCUUGGGAGUGACGUGAUAAAGACCAACGUCCAGUGGACAGGGCAAUUUCUAGGCCAAUGUAAAUAAUUAUUCAUUUAGAUCAAAGCCUAAUUUUCAUGACACAUAAUGAGUGAUAUUAUAACACUUACAAUAACUGCAGUUUUGAUAUUGUAAGGCAUGGCUGAGGCAUCUUCAAAAGAUACCACUGUAUUAUUCAGUCUUGUGACAUAUUAUAGCUUUGUGCAUUAAUACAGCAUUUAAACCUUUUUUUCCACAUAUAAGCAAGAUACCAUUGGCUAAUGACAGUCCAUCUGUCCUGUUCACUUGUUCUAAUAACUUGCUUUCUUGGCACACACAAUAAUUGUACCAGAAGCAUUAGGUAUCAGUGAUGAGGUAAAGAGCUAUUGUGAACAUUGUGUGUUGUGAUGGCUAAUACUAAGGCAUUGCAUUGACAUGCUCGCUCGUAAUACAAUUAGGUUGAGCUUACAUUUGAGUUGAGUAAGUUACAGUGAUGCAUUCAAAGUUAUUCCAUGCAGGCAUAAACUGACUUUCAUUUCAUUUGGAGCAAAUGUAGUUUCAGUCAUCAUGUCAACACUACUAUUAUCACGUACGCAUAUUCCACAUAUUACAGUGUAUAAGAUGUCAACAUUAAAUGUGUAUAUUAACAUGACUCUACAAAACCUCUGAAACAGCCAGUCUGGCUUCUUUUAUGAUCUUUCUUGUGUCAUAAAUGUUUGUGUGCCCCAUAAUCACCUAUCUUGUCUUAAGUCCUUGGGUCUUUCUCUGUAUCUUUAUAUAUCCGCCCUUUAUAAAAUUGUAAGUGGAAUAUAUACUUGUCCCUAACCUUUCUGUUCAGGUUUAUAACGCAUAAAGGGACUCUAAGCCAGCCAACAGGGACAGCUGGAACAUUUGUUCAUCUUGUGACCUUGUUUUUUGGCUUUACAUAUUUUGUGAGCUGGUUCUUGCCAUAUUAAAGGGGAGAUUUCAAGGGCUA